AUGGAAGUCACCAUUGGCAAGAAGCGCCACACCGAAUCAAGAGACAACCGUCGUCCCCGGAAACGGGCUAAAGUCUCUGACGAAGACGCCAUUUCCCUAUCGGAUACAGAGGAAGAGCGAGCAUUCCAUGCGUACCGGCGAGUCUAUCGGCUUCGAUACACCACCUCAGCCACCCACAGCGACGAACGGGACUACGUGGAGGCAGCCGAACUCAACAGUCUUGGGUGGCUUGAAGACGAGAAGGCAUUGAGGGAGUGGCUCGGCUUCUACGUCUCCGACCAUCCCGGCCCUGUAUCCAUUACCGUCGAUGCGUUGGCGUGGGGCAACACUUCUGUCACACUCCCCGACCGCACCCACAUACUACGAUUCCCAAAUGUACCUUCAAACUUCAAUCUCGACGAUUACGGCUUUGUCCAAACCAAUCGCUCGAAGUACUCCGUGCGCGACCCCCUCCAGGCAUUCCAAGAGCUUGCGCGGUAUAGGCGAGCUCGCAUCGACACACAGCUUUUCCUGGACAUCGCAGAAUCCGCCUCCCCUGAGGAAAUGCCCUUCACCAUCCGCGUGCAAGUCAAUUGCUCCUUCCUCUGCCCCGCCAUCUUCCAGCCUAUUGCCGUCGACCUCCAAGAGGCCCAACGCCGACUGGUGCUCCUCCUUUUCCCCCCGUCAUCCCCUCCUCUUCCCUCGUACCAUGGGCAAGCAGACAUUCCUUUCCUAUUCUCCGUCCUUCAGCCCGCACCCGCGUUGCCGUCUGCCGAGGCAAAUGAGGCCCUCCAGCCGGAGUCACUUCGGCCAACUCUACUCCCAUUCCAACGCCGCACCGUCGGGUGGAUGCUGGGUCAAGAAGGCAAGGUGGUCACGGCGGACGGGCAGAUCGUCGUCCGCGGCGACAUUCCUCUUGACGAGCAGCCGCUGCCCCUGUUCUGGGAGAAGGCUCAUGUCUCGGAGGAAGAAACGUGGUACGUCAACCGUCUGCGCGGCCUCGUUUCCGCGACCCGGCCCACCGGAGAUGAGGACGAGCUCGACGGCGACGCGCUGGGUGGCAUUGUCGCCGAGGAGCCGGGGCUGGGCAAGACGCUGGAGUGCAUUUCGACGAUCAUUAUGAACCCCGCCACCGCGGAUCGCUCCCCGGCCAACAAGCAUUGGGACACGGAGGCGAAGAUCGACGUGAAGGAGAUCAAGACUACUCUCAUCGUCACUCCACCGUCACUUGCCCCCCAGUGGGCCGACGAGCUUGCAGUUCAUGCGCCUGAGCUCAAGGUUCUCAUUUAUGACGGUUGGCAAAAGGUCCCUGUGCCGAUCUCCGAGAGAGACGUUGAAGUCGAGCGUGAGAGGCGCCGGGCGUACAAAGCCUUCUUGAAGGCCAUGCCGGCGAAGCCCAAGGGCAAGGGCAAGGGCAAGAAGAAGGACGAGCCUAUGGAAGUCGACUCCGACACCGACGAGGAUGACGAUAUCAUGGACUGGGCCGCGUACGUGAACACAUUCGAUGUGUGCAUCACCACGUACAACGUCCUCCAGCUCGACUUGGGCGUCGCGCGCCCCCCUCCGCAACGUCCCCGACGCCAGUUCGUGCAGUACAGCACCGUACACCGGUCCCGCAGCCCCUUGGUCAUGUGCGAGUGGUACCGCGUCAUUAUGGACGAGGUCCAGAUGGUCGGUGGAGGGAAGACCGAGGAGAUGGUCUCGCUCAUUCCCAGAUUGUCCUCCUUCGCCGUUUCGGGCACGCCUGCUCGCCAUCAAGUCGCCGACCUUAUCCAUGUGCUCAGGUUCCUCCGAGUGAGGGCGGUGACAGAUGCCCCUCGGGCGUGGCUACGUCUCCAGCUACCCGGAUACGUGCGCGAGUUCACGCAGCUCUUCCGUCGCUAUGCUGUGAGGACGAUGAAGCAAGCGGUCAAAGAAGAGCUUACUAUCCCACCACAAACGCGGUACCUUGUGCCCAUCGAGUUCGGCCGAGUUCAGCGCCACAUGUACGACCAAACGCUGGAAGGCGCACUCCUCGACCUGGGUUUGGACGCCAGGGGCGUCGCAGCGACGGAGAACUGGGAGGCCGAUGUGUCCAAGCUCCGCUUCUGGCUUCGCCGUCUCCGCGAGUGGUGCACCCACCCUCAGAUCGGACAGCUGCUCAAUAACGGCGCGGCGCGGAAGCUGAAUCAACCCGGUGUGCUCAAGACCAUGACCGAAGUUCUUCAGAGCAUGCGCGACCAGAACUGGAGGACGUACAUGGAGGAGCGGACGGAGAAGAUCGACCACAUGACGAGCUGGGCGCAGCUCGUCCAGCGGGACAAGAAGAACAAGAAGCGCAACGACGAGGCCCUCGAUAUGCUGCUCGCUGCCGAGAAGGACGCUGCCAAGAUCAUCGAGGACGCACAGGAGGCCGCGGCCGCACAUGCCAAGGAGGGCGAACGCCUCAAGGCCGAGGUCCUCGUCAAGCGUCAAGAAUAUAACAACGCUGCUGACAAGGGAAAGGGCAAGCAGGUUGCGACUAGGGCCAGCACCCCCGACGCCGAGGCCGACGACGACGACAUCCCGCGCAAUGCGAGCACGUUCAUUCAGCAGCGGUUGCGUCUGGGCCGCAUCGCUCUGCACAAGGUCAAGUUCUUGCAGGGAGACGUGUAUCACGUCCUUGGUAAGUCCUACGAGGUCCAGGAGAACGAGGCCUACGCCGCUGCCGAUGAGCUUCGGCGCGUCCUGCUGAAGAGCACCGAGGAGGCGGCACGGAAGGCUAUGACCUACCUCGACUACGACCCCGUCGUAAAGAAGCUGAAGGAAGCCGAUCUCUACGUGAAGGUUCCUUUCCUGGGUAAGGGAGGGAUCCGAUCUCAUGACCUGGUCGAUGAAGCCAACGAGAUGAUCGACGACAUCCUCAACAAGCAAUCCGCGCUCCUCUGGGGCUGGCGCCAGAAGCUCAUCGCGCUCCUCACCGAGCCGCUCGGCGCCAACGGCCAGGACGGCGCGGACGGACAAGAGUACAACCGCAGCCUGGAGACGCAGGGCGAGGCGGAGGCGUACCUGCAGGCGUACGCGGCGCUGCUCGCGGACCGCCGCGAGACCCUCACGUCGGAGCGGACCCUGCUCGCGGCGCACGACGAGCGGGAGGUGAAGGUGCGGAAGACGAAGGCAGCGCGCAAGGCGAAGACGUUCGCGACGUCGUUCCACGCGCUCGAGACGGAGGAGCGCCUGGAGCGCCUGGAGGAGAACGACGUCCUGCCGGAGCACGAGCUGCUGCUGAAGCAGCUCCAGGACGAGCGCAAGGCGUUGCUCGAGCAGGGCAACCCGGAGCGGGCGAUCAAGAGCGUCAUGGUGGACUUGACCAACGCGGCGUUGCGGGCUCAGAAGCAGGAAGUGGAGAAGACUCUCAUUCAGGAGGCCGCGGCUCAGUUGAGAGCUUUGCUCGCUGACCAAACGUUGCUCACCCGUGCUUCAGACAAGCUGAUCGAGCGACUCAACGCCGACCUGACGCAUCUCCGGAAGGCAUUCAACGAGCGUAUCGCUUACUUCCGCCAGCUUCAGGAGAUCUCGGACACCGUCGCCGAAGCAGAGAUCGAGGGACCCCUCCUGGACACGAAGAUCAACACUGCCCGUGCGCGUCAGCGGUACAUGGACAACUUGAGCAAGUCGCACGAAGACGGCACGCUCGACGAAGAUGACAAGAGUUGUAUUCUGUGCAAGUGCGACUUCGUCCGCGGUUACAUCACGCAGUGUGCGCAUGUCUAUUGUGAGGAUUGCAUGAAAACUUGGGUCUCCCGCGCCGAGGGCAAGGCGUGCCCUGUUUGCCGUGUCCCCAUCAACUCCGACCAACUUCAGCGCUUUUCAAUCGACAACAAGUCGGACCAGCCGCCUCAGCCGCCUCCGCAGAUCCUCGCGAACAACGAGAUGAUGCCGCGGUCGCGGCGCGCGAUAGAGUACAACUACAUCGACCGGCAGCUGCUCGAGGACAUCCAAAGCCAAGACCUCAUCGGCAGCUUCGGGAGCAAGAUCGAGACGCUAGUCAAACAUCUGCUGUACCUCAACAUCACGGAGCCGGGCGCGAAGAGCAUCGUGUUCUCGGCGUGGGCGGACUCGCUGCUGAUUAUUCAACACGCUUUGAGCACCAAUGGCAUUACCUGUUUGCGGAUUGACCAGAACACAGGCAGGCAGAACGCCGCAAAGAAGUUCCGAACCGACCCGGAAAUCCGCGUUCUGCUUCUCCAUGGGUGCUUUUAUGCCAGUGAACGCGAGAACGCAGGCCUUAAUGUCACUUGCGCUUCCCGAGUCUUCCUCGUUGAGAGUGUAGUCCAUCAUGCGUUCGAGGUUCAAGUCUACUGCUACUACGCCGAAGAGACUGUGGAGCGGAACAUCCUUGAUCUCGCGGCCAAGCAGGGUCUUUCCCUCUACACUCGCGAUAACGCGGCAGGAACGCUCAACGUCACGCCCUUCGCGGCGGAGUCGGACAAGGAGGUUGAUGCCCCCACGAAGAAGGUCUUGAAGGGCGAUUUCGUGUACAAGACGGACGACAUGCUGGCCAUUUUCUUCCCCCACAUGUUCGAGGACAUCGAGUACCUUCUUCCGCCCGAGGACGUUGCGCCUUCCUCGUCUACGCGAGACACACCCGCUGCGUCUUCGAGUUCUGUUACAAGGAGCUCUGGAAGAGUUGCGCAGGCAAACGCUGUCGCUGGACCAUCCAGACGACGAUAA